UUUCCACUAAUUUUAAAUAUAAAUUGACAAACAGAACCUUGUGACAGAUGAAUUAUAUGGAUUCGUAAAACUUGUCAAUUCUGAAACAAAGUUUUGGCGGAUUGAAAUGACAUUCAUAACAUGUAAACGGUUCGGGAUCUUUUCGGCUGUGGCUGAAAACUGUCAUCUAAUUUUAAUACAUCAAUGAUAAUCGAAUGUUUACUAUAAACAGAACCACUAAUCUGGAAAUUAACUUCACCAAAUCACUACACAGUAAUUGAGUGCUAACUGCGGUCCUCAUAAUACAAUACGGUCCACUGAUAUCGUGUAAAGACCGCGUGGUGGACAACGUGCUUGCGCAAAAAUAAGGCGCGCACGAAUCAAGAGGGCGUGAGAGGGCGACAACUCGCUCCAGAGUAUAUUCUUUUUAUAUUGCUUCGGCACUGUAAACCGAAUAAAUGUUGAAUUAAAUGGGAAUUAAUUGUGGACAGCAUAUCGAGUGACAGUAAUUACCGCAUUUAAAUUUCUCGAUAUUCGAGUAAAGGAUCACAGUAAUUUAUCGUUCUUUCAAUCCGUGGCCUGGAUAAUUCUAACCUAUAAUAAAUUAGUUGUCAUUUUCACGUGGUGUUUAUUUUGGUACGAGAUUCUGAUAACAAUUUUUUCAACAAAAAUGGGAAAGACAUCGAAAGACAAACGCGAUAUAUACUACAGACGUGCAAAGGAAGAAGGUUGGAGGGCGAGAAGUGCUUUCAAACUUUUACAAAUAGAUUCCGAAUUCCACAUAUUCGAAGGUGUAACCAAAGCGGUGGAUCUUUGCGCUGCACCAGGAAGUUGGAGUCAAGUGUUGUCCAGAAAGUUGAACAAAAGUGACGACCAAACGCCGAGAAUCGUCGCGGUGGAUCUGCAGGCCAUGGCGCCCCUCGAAGGUGUCGUACAAAUUCAAGGGGACAUCACGAAAGUGAGCACCGCCGAGGAAAUCAUAAAAUAUUUCCAAAACGAACACGCCGACCUGGUAGUCUGCGACGGAGCGCCGGACGUUACCGGUCUCCACGACAUGGACAUCUACAUCCAAUCGCAGUUGCUGUUAGCGGCGUUGAACAUCACCACCCAUGUUUUGAAACCCGGAGGGAUAUUCGUGGCGAAGAUAUUCAGAGCCAAAGACAUCUCCUUGCUCUAUUCCCAGCUGAAGGUAUUCUUCAAACACGUGUUCUGCACGAAGCCCAGAAGCUCCAGGAACUCCAGCAUCGAAGCUUUCGUAGUCUGCAAGGACUACUCGCCUCCCGAAGGAUACGAACCCCACAUGCUGAACCCUCUCCUCACCCACGAGCACUGCGAUUUCGAUCAAUUGACCGGGGUCAACAGAUACGUGGUGCCUUUCGUGGUUUGCGGCGAUUUGAGUCAGCCGGAUUCGGACGCUUGUUACCCCCUCGAUUACGAGGGCAAGGAGUACGAAUACCGCGAACCGAAUCAAUCGCCGAUAACACCGCCGUACGAGGAAGCGAUCGCUUUGAUGGAGAAGGGUCAGCUGCAGUUGAAAAAACCUGGAACCAGUCUGACGAUAUCCAGUAUUCCGAAAUCCUCACUUGCCGAGUUCAAAGAAAAAUGUAAAAUCGGGUCGAAGGAUCCGAAGACUUCUAGUUCGGAUUAAUAAAACGUAGACUAAGA